AACGGAACGAAGCGGACGCAGGGCGAAAGAUACAGAUACUUUUCGGGGAAGAGAUACUUCUUCGUAUUCGUGCGUGUUUCGUUUUCGUUUCGUCGAGAGAAAUUGCACAAAUUGACGGAAUUGCACACCAUCGAGCGGAAAAUCGGUUCAGUGCUUUCGCAGAUCGAAAAGUGCAAUUAGUGUGUGCGAAUUUGUGUGUGUGUGUGAGUGUCACCUCAAAGAGAGAUAACGUCAAAAAGUAAAGAAAAAAAAAACCUGUGAAAGCAAAACUAAAAUAUGCUUAAACUACGGUUUAACCAAGUUGCCAACUAGCCAAAAGUAACCAGCACACCGAAAAUAGCCAACAAAUCAAAAGAGAGAAAGCAACCGGUAAAACCCACCCAAAAAACCUAUAGACCUUCCAAUGGGCCAUUAUCUCAGCAAGCCCUCUGUACGCGCCAAUAGCCAGGAUAAGAGCGAUCUGCCCGUGAGUUCGAGCCCCAGGGAAUCCGCAGCACUAGUGGAGACAAUUGGUCUGGACGAGGAGGAGCUGGAAGAGAUCUACACGGAGGCCACGUCCGUCACAUCGCCGGCGGAAGUGCGUCAGAUCAUAAUUAAAAUCCAGUUGGCCAAAAUGGAGAACGGCAAUGCAGCAGGUCAGGUGGCACCUGGUCACCUGGAUGAGGACGUGGUGCAGGUGGAAGGGGCCACAGACGCCUCGGUGUCUGCGGACACGCUAAAUGCAAAUGGGCAGAUUGUAAAUGUGACGCUGGAGGGCGGCAAUGGGGAAGUGGGCGUGGUGACGAAUCGAACUGCUGGCAGUUCGACGGAAGCGCCAAAAAACGAAAGACAGCCCGUGAAUAAUAACAAUUUAGCGGGAAGCGUCGGCGCUGCGAUAAGUUCGUUACAAUUGCACGACGGCAACAGCAACAGCAGUCCCAGCAGCAACAUCAGGCCCAUCAGCAACACCAACUACCCUGUGAAAAAUGACGACGACGACGACGACGACGAUUUCGAUGAGUCGCUGCUGCGUCGGCGUCGCAGCAACAGCAACAGCAACAUCCACCAAAACCACGAGGCCGAAGUCGUCGAGUAUUGCGAAGUGCUCGAGUCGCUGCCAGUCAGCAAUAUGUUGUCGGCGGGAACGCAACACACUAGCAAGCCAGUUUCCAGAAGCAAUAAUAGCAACAGUUGCUGCCGAAGUCGCAGCAGUAAGACAUUAUCCAUGGGCGCGGCAACAUCCUCAUCAUCCUCAUCCGCCGGAUCCGCAUCCGGAUCCUCGAAGCGGAGAUGCUGCAAGUGCAAGUGCCGCGAUGCCUUCCGAGGACUGAGGGACAUGCUGCCGAGCAGCAAUUCAGUGAGCAAUAAGAAGGACUCCGGGGCGGUGGCGACGGUUCCGCGGAAAUCCCGGACGGCGGAUCGCCGCUCCACCCCGCCCACUUUGGGUUCAUCGAGUGGGACUUCCCAGCAUCGGAUGCAGGGUCAAAGGAAGCGGAAUUCCGUGGCGGUUUCUGAUGCGAGCCAUCACCAUCACCAGGUGAUCAUUCGGAUAACAUCGCCUCGCUUUGUGGUCGAGUCGCCCAAUGGCAACCGGGUCACUGUGGUCACCGAGUCCGCCGCCCCCCAACCGCCUCAGACUCCGCCCCAGCCACGCCCACCGACGUCGGCGCCCGCCCCCGGAAUACCAGGCGUAUUGGGCAAUCCCGCACUCGGAGGUCGCAACAUGACCGUGCACUCGCAAAUCGAUUUCAUGCACUGCCUGGUUCCCGAUCUGGAGAAGAUCACGAAUAGCAGCUUCUACUGGGGCAAGAUGGAUCGCUAUGAGGCGGAGCACCUGCUCGAGGGCAAGCCCGAGGGCACCUUCCUGCUCCGUGACUCCGCCCAGGAGGAGUUCCUCUUCUCGGUCACAUUCCGCAAAUACGGCAGAUCACUGCACGCCCGCAUCGAGCAGAGCGGCCACAAGUUCAGCUUCGACUGCCAUGAUCCGUGUGUGUUCACGGCGCCCACGGUGACCGGAUUGCUGGAGCACUACAAGGACCCCGCCUGCGUGAUGUUCUUCGAGCCCUGCCUGACGAUGCCCCUCCACCGGAGACAGACCUUCUCCCUGCAGCAGUUGUCCCGGGCCACCAUCGUCACCAACACCAGCUACGAUGGGAUUAACCAGCUGGAACUGCCCGGCCGGCUGAAGAGCUACCUCAAGGAGUACCACUACAAGCAGAAGCUGCGCGUCAAGCCCAUCGAUCAGAACACACCGGUGCCGUACUACGGCGAUGUAUAGCGGGAGGAGCAGCAGGUGGGCUUCACCUACUACGAGGAUGUG